CUCUAGUCACUGAGUGCCUUUGCGUCUGUUCCUUCUUUUACCGUUUGGCUUCAACAAAUGUACGCCUUGAUGGUGCCUUCCCAUCGUCUUUACGAUCUUACUGUGUCGAUUCCCUCUCAUGAAGUUGGAUCUGAACACUAAUCUCGCGAACGAUCUGAUUCGUCCCAGAGUCUUCGGAUUCGGAUGGGAAACCGUCAAUUGUAAAUUCUUCGUCCUGGUGCCGGACAUGAGGAGUGCGCUGGCGCUUCGAAUAAACUUGGCUGCUGUGAGUGCAGAGGUUCAAGGUCAGUCGGUUGUGUUUGGUCAGACGAUUUGUUGAUAUUUGGCAAUAAUGUUGCCUUGAUCGAAGUGUGAUUCUGGGAUCUGACACGGGGCGAGAGGAAAGGAAGCGAGCGAAAUUAUUGUUCCUCGAGUCGAAGCAGCUUCGCUUUUGUCCACCAUGACAUUAACUUCCGGCUCUUUCACUUGACGCGGAACCAACGUCGGCACUCGUGAAAGGAUUUUCUUUGGCACCAACUGCUCUUUUGUCCAACUUCAUUCAGUCAUGGCGGUUGGCCCGGCACUCCUUUCAAGAGUACUCGGCAUGGGACGUCGACAUUAACGAGUCGCCCGGUGACCGUGAGUCUGCUCGAUUGACACAAGUUUAUCCAGCAGAGGACUCGAAUUUAGGGCCGAUUCCGUAGUAGAAGCGAGAUUCCCUCUCGCAAUCACCGACGGCUGGAAAGUUGUUCGAUUUUACUUUCGAUUUUGCCAGGGCUGACUAACCAUAGUUGCCUACAGGACAAUCUUCCCGCGGUAGGCCGGGCCUGAAGUUCUCAACAGGAUCCAGAAUCUUUGCACAUGGGUUCCUGAAUCCCCCAAAUCAAUUGAUACUGCGACAAUGUGUCUUGCUUGGUGACUUUUACUGCAUUGAUUGCAGCGGGGGCACUCCCCGCAUGGUCUGUCAUACCUCACGGCGAAGGGAACAAGUCAAAAACCCUCUGGGUUGGUCGUGUGCUUGUCAAACGAUGUCAUGCAAUGAGCUCUCUCCGGUAAGUGGAUUGGAAACUGUCCCCGGUCUUAGGUGGGAGGGAGCUCUCAAUGGUUCAAUGGUUCACAGGGUUCUCUCAAUGGCUCGCCGAAGCGACUUGGGUGUCCAUUCUUGUCACAUUCACUCCCUCCGCAUUUCUUUUUCCCUUACCAUUGCUUUCCAUAGCCAUAGCUUCCAACCCGUGGAACACACUUUUGCACUGAUGCCUUCAUAAUCCGGUGAGUGAACAAAACUUUUCAAUAAAGGAAAGUAGUGAACUGAUAGUGAGCAAAUGACAGAAAUCUCGAGCAAUCGAAAACAGGAUGCUGAAUUAGCUUUCCUUGUCACCGCCUCGAGCAGUGACAAAGAUCUGAAGCAACAGGGUGCAGUGAAUGUACGUUGUACUAGAGUUGCACUCAUAGCUCGGUAGAUUAGAGAGACAAGGGAUAGGUCAGGGCGAGAGGCAAGAAGACAUUGUGAGCAUGCAUUCGCAAUGGACAGUUCCGCUUGAAGAUUAGAUCUGCUGUGGCUUCCAUUGUCCUCACUUGCCACUUGACUUCUUGAUCUGACUUCUUGUUAUUUUAUGCCCCAAAUUUUGGUUGACCACAUGGCCACUCAUCAAUAUCAGUUUUAUAAAAGUCAUAAAC